AGAGAGAGAGAGAGAGAGGCAGGGAGGCAGACAGGCAGGGAGGGAGUGAGAGAGUGAGUGAGACAGCCUGAUUGGAAUAAACGGCUCGUCAGAGGUCUGGGCCGAAAACGUAAUGAUGGGGAGCAAUGACUGAAAAGGCAACGGAUUCUCUGCUUCCCCAGAGUCUUCCUCUACUCUGCUGCCACUGAAGCCAUGGACUAGAUCAGCGUUUGAUCCUGGCGGUCCUGUGGUCAUCAGAUGGCUUCUCACCAACUGUCAGCAAAGACUCUGGAUAUGAGAACGUGAAGGCUGGCGUCCACCAAGGCCACCGCUGCACCGUGGGCAGCACACACACAUGAUCACAUGACUCUGGACAUGGACGCGGUCCUGUCAGACUUUGUUCGGUCCACGGGGGCAGAACCGGGUCUGGCAAGAGACCUGCUGGAAGGUAAAAACUGGGACCUCAGUGCUGCUCUGAACGACUACGAGGAGCUCAGGCAGGUCCACACUGCCAACCUGCCGCAGGUCUUCAACGAGGGCCGCUACUACAAACAGCCAGAGACACGUGAAACACCCAGCCAUGUCAGCAAGAUCGACAGGCCGUGUGCACAGAAGCAGGAGGACAAUGCACAAGAGAAGCGUCUGUCCCGUGGAAUCUCCCACGCCAGCUCUGCUAUCGUCUCCUUGGCACGGCUGCAGGUGGCGAACGAGUGCACCAGCGAGCAGUUCCCUCUUGAGAUGCCCAUUUACACAUUCCAGCUACCCGAUCUCAGCGUCUACAGCGAGGACUUUAGGAGUUUCAUAGAGAGGGAUCUAAUAGAGCAGUCCACCAUGAUGGCUCUGGAACAGGCGGGACGUCUGAACUGGUGGUCCACCAUGUGCACCAGUUGUAAGAAGCUUCUUCCUCUGGCCACCACAGGGGAUGGUAACUGCCUCCUCCAUGCUGCCUCUUUGGGGAUGUGGGGCUUUCAUGACAGAGACCUGAUGCUGAGGAAAUCUUUGUACACCAUGAUGAAAAGUGGAGCAGAGAGAGACGCUCUGAAGAGGAGGUGGAGGUGGCAGCAAACCCAGCAGAACAAGGAGUCAGGGCUGGUUUACACAGAAGAAGAAUGGGAAAGAGAGUGGAACGAGCUGCUGAAGUUGGCCUCCAGUGAGCCUCGCACUCAUCUCAGCAAAAACGGGAACACCAGCGGAGGCGUGGAUAACUCUGAGGAUCCGGUCUACGAGAGUUUGGAGGAGUUCCAUGUGUUUGUGCUGGCCCAUGUGUUACGCAGGCCGAUUGUAGUGGUGGCCGACACGAUGCUCAGAGACUCCGGAGGAGAAGCGUUUGCUCCCAUCCCGUUUGGAGGGCUCUAUCUGCCUCUGGAAGUGCCUCCGAGCCGCUGUCACUGCUCCCCCCUGGUCCUGGCCUACGAUCAGGCUCACUUCUCAGCGCUGGUGUCCAUGGAGCAGAGAGACCAGCAGCGAGAACAAGCUGUCAUCCCUCUGACCGACUCUGAGCACAAGCUGCUGGCACUCCAUUUUGCUGUGGAUCCUGGUGUGGGCUGGGAGUGGGGAAGGGACGACAAUGACAACACCAAGCUAGCCAGUCUGAUCUUAUCCCUGGAGGCCAAACUCAACCUGCUGCACAACUACAUGAAUGUAACAUGGAUCCGAAUUCCCUCUGAAACAAGGGCUCCCCUGGCUCAGCCAGAGUCUCCUACAGCCUCUGCAGGUGAGGAUGUCCAGUCUCUUGCUGAGUCCAUGGACUCUGACCGCGAGUCUGUCGGCAGCAACUCAAACAUUAACACCGGGAAGCCCAGCAAAGAAAAGGACAAAGACAAGCAGCGCAAGGACAAGAGUCGAACUGACUCUGUAGCUAACAGAUUAGGAAGCUUUAGCAAAACGCUCGGUAUCAAGCUGAAGAAGAACAUGGGAGGUCUGGGAGGACUUGUGCACGGCAAAAUGAACAAGUCGAACUCUGGCUCAGGUCGUAAUGGGGAAAAUGGAGGGGAAAAGGCAAAGAAGAAGGAGUUAAAGGCAACCAAAGGGAGCAAGGAAGAUUCAGGCCAUUCAACCAGCUCCACUUCCUCCGAGAAAGCCACAAGUCCCUCCCCUACAGAUGGAGACAGACCGUCAAGUUCUUCCCCGACUGAGAGACAGGACAGCACGGGGCGAGGCUCGGGGGACAAGUCCUUGGAAAACUGGAAAUACAGCACAGAUGUCAAGCUUAGCCUCAACAUCCUGCGGGCUGCCAUGCAGGGGGAGCGCAAGUUCAUAUUUGCAGGACUGCUGCUGACCAGCCAUAGACACCAGUUCCACGAGGAGAUGAUCAGCUACUAUCUGACAAACGCCCAGGAGCGCUUCAGCCAGGAGCAGGAGCAAAAGAGGAAGGAGGCAGAGAAGAAGCCUCCUGCCACUACUGAAGUGUCCUCGAAGAAGCCGGAGCACGAGAGCGUCUUCCAGAGGGAGAGGUCUGACAGCUCUCCUCCGGAGAGCUGCUCUCCCGUCCUGCCUCACCACACCUACAGCAACCCGCAACCGUUGCUCAGUCUCAAGAUGCAGGGCAGAAACAGUCCCAUUCCUGCAGCCAAUCUCUCUACCGUCCAAGUCCCUCCUCUCACCCCUCCGCCGAGCUCGCAUCACAUCUCCCACCCAGCCCCCGUCUCAGCCCCUGCGCCUUACUCCUCUCCCAGCAUCGGUGCUAAGAGACCCGGACCCAUCCCUGUGUCUGCCCACUACAGCCAUACGCCGCCCAUCCAGAGGCACAGCGUCAUUCACUUACAAGAUGUCAACAUGCAAUCCUCCAUCUUCCAAGAUGACCCCUACAAGCCAGUGGUGGGCACCCUCAAGACAUGCGCCACCUACCCCCAGCAGAACCGCACGCUCUCCUCCCAGAGCUACAGCCCCGCGCGCCUGUCAGGGGUCCGCACAGUCAACACCAUGGACACACUGUCCUACAACAUGCCCGGCGAACACAAGUCCCACACGUACACCAACGGAUUCAAUGCGGGAGACAUUCAGGACUGCCUCGAGUUCGCCGACGAGGACAGCGUGCCUCACACCUGGCUCGGUCCAGACAAGACCAAAGGGCGGAGCUCCGGGAGCCCUUUGUACUGCUUUCAGCAGCGCCGCUGCAAAAGGGAGAACUGCUCCUUCUACGGGAGGCCGGAGACGGACAACUACUGCUCCUACUGCUACAGGGAGGAGUUGAAGCGCAGGGAGAGGGAGAGCAAGGUCCAGAGGCCUGUAUAGCCAUCACCGCUACUUUCAGCAUCAACGCAGCCGCAGGACACUUGAGGGAACAACACCAUCCGCUCUCCGCAUUUGAAAAAAA